CGAUCAUGCCAGCAUGGUACGGUUUUGUUUUAGUUGAAGAGCUUAGUUAAAAUGUUUUAUCUAUUCAAACUCUCUGUCUGAACAAUGCUCGAACAAUAGAGCGAGUAAUUGAGCCUUUUUGCAGCCAACAGGAUAAAUUGCUAUGGAAACAACAAAGCUUAUUCGUCUGUGGGCAUCUUUAUCGGGUAGACACACGCUAUGUUUGAUCGGUAUGGUGUGAUUAUUGCUUGGUUUUGAAAUAUUUUUGUAAAUAUUAAUUCGCGUAGCGUUGACUUUGACGCGAGAUGUCUUUGGAAAAAUUCGAAGAGUUGGAAAAUAAUGUGGAGUCAUUCAUGAACAAGACGGAUAAAUCUUACGCAUUGGUGGAAGAAACCGCCGAAGGUUUUCUCGCGGACGGACUUUGGAAGUCAAAACGCGAAGAGGAUCUACAUCGUGAGAUUGAAUUGAUGUCUACAGAGAAAGCCAAGCGUUUGUUUGAAGAUGAGAAGGACAGAAAGGCUUGGGUAGUGGCGAUCAAGAAAUCCGUAGAACAAAGUAUACAAACUCAAGUACGGGCCGCCCUGGGGACUCCACCAGGCGAGAAGCGAAAGAAAUUGCACGAGCAAAGGCUUGCGGAAGAACGACGAAGAAAACAAAUGGAGAUGGAAAACUCAGAAAAGCAAAGAACGACAGAAAACCGCAAUUAUAGCUAUCCUUCUUUUAAUGAUGAUGACGGGUUGCUGUUUCAAAGGCGUCAACAGUAUUUGCAAAAGUACGCGAUGAGACGUUCAAUGAGAUCUCUCACCUUCGACAAAACCUCCUCGCGAACAAGUCAUCGCGGCUUCGAUUCGGACAGCGACAUAGAUCCAUUGUCCAGCGAAUUCAACCAACGGUUCAGCAUCUACACUCGAGCGGCUUUAGAGAAUGCGGGAAAAACGUGCUCGAACUCAAGCACCGUUCCUGUUUAUAAGCGCUCUGCGGGUUGUAUAUGGGUUGAUCACAAAGGCGAACAACACGAGAUUCCUGGACCGUUUUGGCCGAAAGAUCACUUACCGCGGUUCUCUUGCCAGAAGCAUAUUCAUUUUAUUCCCGAUUUUGUCGAAAGAUUGAACACGGAAGCUGAAAAUUCCAACACUGCACACAGAAUGGGUAAUGAGAAUCUACAGUACCCUCAACAAUGGCGUGGGAAUCUCACGGUUUAUGAAAGACAGAGUAAAGGGCAGGGUUACCAUAUUCACGUCCCAUCUGGUUGUCCUCCAAGCCUCACAUUUGAAUCAAGGUUUGAGUGUGGAAACCUAAAGCAAGCUAAAAGAGUUGGCAGUUAUGAAUAUGACUUGCUCCUGAGUUGUGACUUGUACACUAAGCGACACAUGCAAUGGUAUUAUUUCCGCGUUCAAAACAUGGUUCCUGGCAUUACUUACAAGUUCAACAUCAUAAAUCUGCUCAAGAAAGACAGUUUAUACAAUUACGGAAUGAAGCCAUUGUUGUAUUCCGAGCGAGAGGCUACAGUCGGGGGCCUGGGUUGGAAACGAGUCGGUUUUAACAUCAGUUACUACAAAACCUCAUCUUACAAAAACCCUCUGUUACAACGUGAAUAUGUCUAUUACACUCUCACAUUUCAUAUGGAAUUUCCACAUGAAGAUGACACAUGUUAUUUGGCUCACUGUUAUCCUUAUUCUUACACCGAUCUGGAGCUGUACUUGCGAUCAAUUGUCCACAAUCCAAAGGUCUCACAACAUGUGCAGAAAGAGGUAACUGCACUAGGUAUCAAAAAAAACUGCCCAAUCAUUGGUGAACAGGUUGUUAUCAUUUUCGUGACACAAAAGGUUACCAUAGUAACAUGUGAGGUCAAGAUGGCUGGAUANAAAAUCUUCACUGCACACUCAUAUUUUCUUUUUAUCUUCAACGCCCAGAAACUUCGUCGGAAGUUCGUGUUCAAGCUAGUUCCAAUGCUAAAUCCAGAUGGCGUCAUUGUCGGUAACUACAGAACGAACCUGGCAGCAAGAGACUUGAACAGGACUUACAAAGACCCAAAGAAGGAGAGUUUUCCAACGGUUUGGCACAUGAAGAAUAUGCUGGAGUCCUUCAAGAAGGACCAUCAGGUUAUUAUUUACUGCGAUCUUCAUGGCCACAGCCGCAAACCAAAUGUCUUCAUGUACGGGUGCACGGCAGAUCCCAAGAUGGCGUCCAUGAGUAACUUUGUAGAGGAGCGACUUUUCCCUUGGAUGAUGUCACAAAAGGCUCCUGAUAAGUUCUCGUUCAGUGGGUGUAAGUUCCGUGUGCGUAAGUGCAAGGAAUCGACAGCACGUGUUGUCAUGUGGCGCCAAAUGGGAAUUACAAACAGCUUCACAAUGGAGGCCACAUUUUGUGGCGCAAACUUCGGCGACAUGGAGAGAGGCAGGCAUUUUCACGUGGGAGAUUUCGAAGAGAUGGGUCGACACUUUUGUGAAGUUCUGUUGGAAUACUCGGAAGCCAAGAAUGGCAAUCGGUAA